AUGGGCAAAAUUGACGAAUUCGAGCUGAAAUUUGACAGCAGUAAAGAAUUUUAUAGCCCCGGCGAAUAUAUUUCAGGAACUGUGACUAUCAAGGUGGGCCAAAAACUACAAUGUAAAGCAGUUAAGGUAAACUGCAACGGUUUCUGUGGCAUCACCAAUAAACUAAAUGAAACAACAUGGACGCUGGAGGAACAAUACUUCAACAAUACAGUUUCUAUUGCAGAUAAAGGUACUCUCAAACCAGGAAAUCACACUUUUCCCUUCAAGUUUCUCAUACCUGGCUCGGUCCCAACAUCAUUUACGGGCAACUAUGGCAGGAUAGUAUACAGAAUCAGAGCUUUCAUUGACACACCACGCUUCAGCAAGGAUUACAGUACAGAGAAAGCGUUCUUCUUGUUGGACGCUCUCAAUUUAAACAAAAUUCCAGAAAUAUGGGGUCCGUGUUCAUCCUCUGUGGUCCAGGAGUUCACCUACAUGUUAUUAAAAACUGGCAAAGUGAUGCUGACAGCGCAGACGGACAAGAAGGGUUACAUACCAGGCCAGAUUAUUCAACUAUCAGCGACCGUCCACAACAAAUCUGAAAAGAGUACAGGAAACAUUAGUGCUUCCCUGGUCCAGAGAGUAACGUAUCACACAAAAAGACCCACCCAUGACCUAAGGGCCAUUGCAGAGUUGGAGGGAGGUCGAGUUAAGGCUGGCAAGGAGAUGGAGUGGAAGGAGCAGAUCAUUGUUCCUCCUCUUCCUCAGUCGAACCUUGCUGGCUGCGAACUCAUAAAGAUUGAAUACUACGUUAAAGUCAGCCUAAAGUCUCCGCAAGUCCUUUUGACAUUACCCCUCCAGAUUGGGAAUAUCUCUUUGGACAACAGGUUUAAACCUUCGCAAAAUGAAGCUCAUCUGACCCCUGCCAAUGUUGAAAACCCAUCACCUUUGCUAGCUUCUGCCCCCACACUGUCUCCUCCUCCCACGGCCCCGAAACCGACUCCUCGUGCUGCUCCUCGCGCCAGACUUUCACACCCCAAUCAUCCAAACGCUCCAUUGGCUGAAUACCAACCAGGAGCUGAGGGUGGUACACUGCCAGAUGGCAACUUCACUAACAAGCGGAACUCUCAACUUGUGUCACCAACAGGAUUUAGUUAUGCUCCUGGCCUCUCCUUCUUGAACAGGCAUCAGAACCAGUCAGGUGUUAACCCAGAAGGAACUCCAAUUGGUGCUUCCACACGGACCCCAACUUCUUAUUCCAAUGUAAACACUGCUAGCUCAGUGUUAACUCCAGCUUCCAUGCCUCCAGACUACAGGAAUGUAGAGUACCCACAAGAGGCUCCUCCUUCCUAUGAUGAGAGCUGUAACACAUGA